AUAGACGGCAAACACACAUCACCUCACUACAGUAUCACUGACAGGUACACUGUCGCUAGGUGAUAUCAAUCAGGCAAGGCCAAACCUGCUUUCCUAUGUGCGUUUCUUAGAAACCAAGGUCCCGCCCAGGUCCUUUCCAAGAACGAAAAUGCAUCGUGGUUUUUCAACUGCGCAUGCGUACAUUACCAGCCUUGUCGGAAAGUAUUGAAAACAGCAAUUACAGUACGAGCCGCCGCGAUUCAAGCAAAUUCUUCAAAGUUUUCCUGAAGUAUAACAUCAAAGAUGGAGAAAACCCCACCUCCUUACCAGCCCCCUGCAGGGACGGGGUCACCCCAACAAGCACUACCCCCACAAGGAUAUGGACCACCACCCCAGGGAUACGGGCCACCACCUCAAGGAUACGGACCACCACAAGGAUACGGACCACCACCUCAAGGAUACGGACCACCACCCCAGGGGUACGGGCCACCCCAGCCCUACCCUCCUCCGAUGAUGCAGCAGCAAUCAAGUACCAACGUCGUUGUUGUUGGCGGCGUUGCUCCUGCGCAGCAAACUGAUAUGGUUCAGCAGAGAGAGACCGUCAACCACUGUCUUCACGGCGGUAUUUCCUUAUUUUUCCCACCCUGGCUAUUUGUCUGGAUUGGCCUGUGUAUCUAUUACGGCUACUAGACAACAGGCGUCAACAUGGCAGCCGCUGGCUGUGAUGGGCUAGACGUUUUGCAUGAUACCUGAAAGGAGUAUAUGUGAUCACAUAACACUCCUAUAUAACGUCUAACUACAAACUGUCACUUUAAGGCAGACAGCGUAUACAGAACAUCACUCUUGUCUUCAGCUGAUGGCUAGAAAACUAACUGUAACAAAACAAAGGAACUGAAAUCCCAACUAUUUACUUUUUGUCUUUAAAACUCCAUUAUCUGUGCAAAUGUUAGAUGCCUGUAUUUGCACAAGUUCUUUUUGUACGCUUCAUUGCUUAAUGUUGAGUCGCUGCUUGACAGAAAAUACUUCUUCUGUUUUUGGUUUCAGUCCGAUUACAUUAUUAAGUACGGUGCAUUUGACUUAUAGUCCGCACUCUCCAUCUUGAUUUCGAUAUGUGAUCCCUAACAUCAGUUAACAUAUAUAAUGGAUCACCCAACAUCGUGCAAUGAGUAAACAUGUUUGAAACAGAUGAGGCUAAAAAGAAAUUAUGUUUAUACAUAUUGAUUUGAAACAUAUGUAUAUAUGACACCAAGGCUUGCAAUUCCCCAUGAUCUCUCCCCCGUACCACAAAGCGUUACGCAUAUUAACAUGCCCGGGCCCCCUUUGCUCAAAGCAAGUGUAGCGUUACGAUCAACGUAUAACUACGACCGUUCGUUGAACUGGCCAGGGACCUUUUCACGGUUUAUGCCCUCUGUGGCAUUCGACAAAUUAA